AUGCAGUCGUUAGAAUUCAAUAAAUCAAUCAUACCAAGUCUGGAGGACUCAUUCUCUUCUGCCGUGCAAAUCGAAAGACUAGGUGAGCUUCAUGAGGAGUUGGCAGGAUUAGAACAAGGGAAAGUAGAAUUGAACAGUCUUGAGAAAUACAAGAAUGCACUAAUUAAUAAGAAGUUGCUGAGACAUAAAGAUUCUGGGAUUAGAGCAUUAACUGCUUGUUGUCUUAGUGAUAUCAUGAGACUUAACGCACCAGAUGCCCCUUUUACUGAAACAGAGCUUUGCGACAUCUUCAGAUUGUUUCUAUCACAAUUUAGGCUGCUUAGAGAUCCUGAUAACGGAAAUUUUAUACAGCAAACCUACUUGAUUACUAGGCUCCUCGAAUGUAGAUCAAUUGUCUUAAUUACAGAUCUUCCUCCUUCUAAAAGGCUAGUGGAGGAGCUCUUUGAAGUAUUCUAUGAAAAAGUUGAAAGUCAGUUCCCCUCUAAACUAUGGAAAAUUAUAGGCGGUUUGCUAACAGAAGUCGUUUCUGAAUGUGAUACCUUAUCAAUGGACGUUUUAAGGCUAAUCUUCAAUGCAUUUUUAACACAUGAGUCAAGAGCAAAUAACACUUUAAAAGGUUUAGUGGUGGACAAAGAUCCAUCCUUCGAAUUUUCUUUGAUAAUAUGUGAAUCUGCUACAAAUAGACUUGGAAGACAUUUUUCAAAAUUUUACUCUGAGAUUCUGUAUGGAAUUACCAAUGAGAACGAAGGGAUUCACUCUGUUCUUGAUUCCUCUUACCGAACUUUAACGAAACUCCACAAAUUGACUUCUUACAUUUGGCAGUAUACACCAGAGUUAGUACAUUCAGUAAUCGGAUUUGUGUAUCAGGAACUUUGCUCUGAUAACGUGCCAUUGAGAUUAGCUGCAACUCAGUUGAUAACUGACAUUCUUUCGUUUCACUCCACUCUAAAUUUUGUCACCACCCAUGCAGACACUUUUCAAAUUUGGCUAUCCAAGAUGGCAGAUAUAAGCCCAAAAGUACGUGUACAAUGGGCGAAGUGUGUUCCGAAAAUCAUAGAAACUCGAUCCGACAUCUGUGAAGAGAUCGCUAAGGGAAUAUCGAAAACUUUCAUUGAUACUGACGAAACAGUUCGUUUACAAUCUAUAAGAUCUUUAGCGGCACUUUCAGCGAAAUUAGUGUGGGCCAGAUUACAAGUUGACACAAUUUUCAAAGAACUUCUUCAUUUAAUUAGAGACAAAUCGAAAGAAGUAAGGGCGGAAUGUAUUUCCUACGUAUGCCAUUUUUACGAUGAAACCUUAAAAGAAAAUCUUUACGGGAAACAUCAACAGGAAAGAAAUGCUAAACAACUCUGGGACGUUGUUAAUGAGAUCCCUACUAGCAUUUUUAAUUUGUACUAUAUCAAUGAUCUGAAUAUCAAUAUGCAAGUGGAUUUGGUAAUCUUCAACAAAGUUUUGAAUUUGGACCUUGAAGAAGAUGCUAAAUACAACAGAUUGAUACAAGUGGUGUCUUCUUUAAGUUUGAAGGCUCUUUCAUCUUUUUUCGCCUUUAACAAACGUCAAGUACAAAUCAAUAAGGCAAUGAAUUCACUUUUUGAAUUGAAGAAUGAAAAACUCGAUAAACUUAUCGAAUGGUUAGCUGCUACUGUUCCGAAGCAGCUCGAACCAGUGGCAAUCACUCAGAAGUUCCUUGAACUAAAUGAUUCAAGGAUAAAUCAUCUAAUCAAAGUAUCAAUUAAUCAGGAGACGGACUGUAUUACACUCAAAAACUCUUUGCAUGAAUUAAAGAUAAAAUUAGAAGAUCCGGAACUAUUUCGAAAGAAGGGCGUACGUUUUGGCACUAUCUUCAGCAGAGAGUCUUUCAACAAAGUGAUUUUGCUUCUCGUCUAUAGGGCCGCACCAUUAAUAUACAAUGUAUCGUGUAUCCCCUACCUUCUUAACAAUUAUAAGAGGGACCAAAACAGCACCCUUAAUAACGUUAUGACUCAGUUGAUUCAAAAUAUAUCUGAGAUCAAUCCCUUUUUAUUCAAAAGCCAAACAGCAUCAUUAAGCUCCUUGGUUAUACAAGACAAGGAUCGAUCAAAUAUUGGAAAGCAUGAACAAUUGAAAACUUUAUACAAAAUUUUCAAAGCUUUUCCUAGUGAAGUAAAUCUUGAGGAUGGAUACCUGCUAGAGAAAUUACAGAAUUUUGCAACAUCAGGCAAUAUCGCUGAAAGCAAGUAUGCUGUUAAAAUAAUAGCACUAAUUCCUGAUAGCGAAAAAAGACGGAAACUGUUAUCAUUCUUACGGAGUUCAGCGUUGCCACUAGAAUUUUCAAGCGAAUCACCUCACUUACUCUGCAAUAAUUUAUGUAUUCUAUCUCAGCUGUUCAAAGUUGAUUUCGAUCUACUCAAGAUUGAUUGCAAUGAGAUAACUACAUUUAUCCUCAAGGAUGUGCUAGUAACUAAUGAGUUCUUCAAUAAUCUCGUUGAAGAAGAAAAAUCAUCGGACUGGAUUACUGAUGAUGAUCUAUUGAAUGAACAACACUGGCCUAUCACAGCCAAAAUUUUAUGUUUGGAAGUAUUAACAAACAGAAUGUUAUCGGAAGCAAGAUCAGUUGAUACCGACAGUUCGCUUGAGACAGUCUUUCAUAAAAUAUUAAAACUCUUUUUGUAUUUCGUCUCCAAUGGCGGAGAAGUUAUCAAUGAAGAGAAUGAAAAGAGGUUCCCAACUCCGUUCGCGUAUCAGCGUAGAAUUCGGUGCCAUGCAGGUUUACAGAUUCUGAAACUAGCCAAAAUUGCUAAAUUCAACAAAUGGAUUGAAUCAAAAUAUAUAUUCAAACUUAUUAAUUUAGUUGAAGAUGAAAGCUUCCCUGUUAGACGCGAAUUCGUGACCAAGCUGAAAAACUAUAUUUCAAACGAAGAAAUAAGCAUCAAAUUCAUUCCAUUAGUGUUCUUUAUGCCGUUUGAGCCAGAUGCCAAAUUUAAAACUGAUACUAAAAUAUGGAUUAAUUUUACUUUUCAAAAGGAAACAGCACGAAGAGGAGCUAUAUUUGAAAGAAGCCUUCCAAGACUUCUCCACUGCAUUGCGCACCAUCCUGAUAUCGAAGAAAACCUUUAUGUGGAUGCUUCAGAAGACGAAUUCAUUACAUCUUGCAGCACUGCAAUUGAUUAUGUUCUUUUCUUUUUAGAUACUGUUUUAAAGCCCGAAAGUAUCAGCUUAUUGUAUUACCUAGCCGGUCGUAUAAAACAGUACAAAGACUUGUUAGAUGAGGCUCCAACAUGCAUUUACGUGAUAAGUGAAUUGGUUCAGAUGAUUUUGAAUGAAUUGAAACAAAUAAAAAAUUUGAAUCUCACCGUGUACCCUGGUAAACUCAACCUACCGAGUGAUCUUUACGUACCCUUCGAGAACAUGGAAUUAGCACAGGCAAAUACAUUCAAAACAUUCAUCAAAGAUGAUUACACUCAAGUUCUUGAGCAAAAGAUAAAGCUAAAAUGUAGUAAAAUGGUGCAUGGGUCAUCGACGACAACUAAGCAGCAAAAACAGCAGAGAAAGUUGACAAGUGAGUAUAAACAGCGCACCCCUUCAAAGAAAAGAAGACAUUAUAGCAGUGACAGCGGCGAUGACUCAGAUGGUGCACAUGAUAGAAGUAUUUACCCCAGCCCACUGAAAAGUAAUAGAGGUCCCCAAAGGAAAAGCACCCGUACUAAAACUGCCGUCGAUUAUAAUGAAGAUGAUGAGAACGAAGAGGUAAUGUAA